AUGGGUGGUCCUCAAAAUAUACCAGACAGCGCAUUCCCCUUCCCCGGCGCUGGGCCUCCUCCGAAAGGCGUGACGCCUAACUUCACCAACCCGCCCAGCAUUGGCUGGAAGUUCGAGGCGGCAGCCUGGCCGCUCUGGACCAUUGGGUUUAUCUUUGUGCUUCUGCGUCUCUACUCCGGUAUUCAUACCGGUCAAGGCAGGAUCAAGUGGGAUAAUGUGUUCAUGGCAUUUGCUAUUGUGCUUGCUCUGGCACGAGUUAUCAUCUUGACAGUCGAGGUCGAAAAGUAUGGUAUGGGACGACAUGUUUGGAACCUACCGCGGCCAUGGAUGACUAUUCAUCGUUCGAUUAUCUAUAUUGGGGACAUGUUCUAUCUGCCAUCGAUGAUGUUCGCCAAGCUGUCUAUAUUGUUGGUCUACAAGCGGUUGUUUGGGAUUAGCAGGUCACUGCGCAUGGUUGUAUACUUCAUGAUGGGACUCAUGGUAGUCUACACCGUGGUCAUGCUAUUUAUCUACGGAUUCAACUGCAGACCCCCCUACGAGUACUGGGGCUGGCAUAUGACCAUGGAUGUAGCCUGGACUGAGUCACACUGCUUCGACUUUCCAACGAUGAACCUUGGCAUGGGUGGUGUGAACAUUAUCACUGACACGGUCAUUCUACUGCUGCCAAUGCCGUUCGUCUGGAAGCUACAGUUGCGGCCCAUGCAGAAGUUCGGUCUAUGUCUCGUGUUCGGCGCAGGUGCAUUUACUGUGGCUGCUUCCUGCGUGCGUGAAUACUUCGUCUACGCAACGGAGAGAAAUGCAGACCAGUCGUAUAACGAGGUCAUCCAGACUACCUGGCUGACUGUCGAGCUGAUGGUUGGCAUCAUCGCCGUGUCUCUGCCUGCCAUCGGGCCCGUCUACCAGAAGGUGAUCCGCGAUUCGCGCAUUGGCACAUCUCUGCGCAAUCUGUUGUCGCGACUCACACCGUCGAAGAAUUCUUCGCAGGCAAGCCACAAUAGUCGAGCGCCUCGCAUUUCAACCAUGGCAUUCACAGGGCAAAGGAGCUGGCUGCAUACUACCCAGUCCCAUUCCAGCGCUGGCAGCGGCAUUGUCCCGCUAACCAACAACUAUAGUCGAUCAGGUGAAUAUGCACGGUCUCCUGCGGAUCCGACAUUGGCUACGCAAGUGUAG